ACAAGUGUGAUCGGGGAGAAGCAAUUUUAGCCUAUCUUCAUACUGUACCUACUGUCUGUCAUCUUUGGUUGCGGCGGGAGCGACACUUCAGCACGUCGAUGACGUCAACAACAACAAAAUGUUUCGUGUGCGUAUUUAUGUUUAGCUGUGAAAUGGUCAUUGAUUGAUAUUAAAUCAGCAAAUUGCGCAUUUUAAAUCAACUAAAGCUAUUAGCGUUAGCUGGAUAAUAUUGCAAUAAUCAGUGACAUAUCGUGGUUCUUCUCCGGUUCUUUAGACUUCUAGCUGUGCCGCGCCGUUAAAAUAAAGUCGACCUGGAACGCGCAACACCGCAGCCAUCAGAGCAGUCAGGCUAGCUAAAUCAGUUAUUUUCAAAGCUUAUAUAGCUAAUAUAAAUCAGAAUGGAUGAUAUUUUAAAUUGCAAACCAGAGGACUUGGACGAUUAUUACGGGUUACUCGGAUGCGAUGAGUUAUCUUCGACAGAACAGAUUGCCAAUGAAUACAGAGUAAGGGCCUUGGCAUGCCAUCCAGACAAGCACCCUGAUAAUCCAAGAGCAGUGGAAGAGUUUCAGAAGUUGCAGGAAGCCAAGGAGGUUUUGUGCAAUGAAAAGAGCAGAAGAAACUAUGAUGUAUGGAAAAGAAGUGGAAUUACCAUACCAUUCCAUGGCUGGCUAGCCCUUGGCGACUCUGUCAAAACUUCAAUGCAUUGGGCUGUGAGGACCAAAAAGGAGCCCAUGCUGGAGAGCUCUAAAGCAACAUUCCCUAACAGUUCCCAAGACAGAGACUGUACUGACCACGAGUCACCAGAGAUGCCUUCCCCAGAUGCAGUGCCAUCUUCAAGUGACUACUGCCAUCGCCAUUUUCGCUGGGCUUCCGACUCCCCAUCCAGUCUUCUGCGGAAAUUCAGAAAUUAUGAAAUCUAAAUGGAAAGAUAAAAUGAUCAGCCCUGUCUAUUUCCUUGUGAAUAAUGUUACUUGUUGGUUCCCACACUCACAAUAAUUGUAUGGAAUUGCUAAACUAAUUGUCUUUUAUCUAUCAGGUGUAACUUAUUAGACCCUCUAUAGAAAAUGUAUACUGAAAAUACCCUAGUUUUGCCAUGGCCUAGGCUCUAGGGUAUGGGGCAUAUAUAUUAUUUGUGUACGGUCUAUGGCAUGGAGCCUGGAAUGGACCUAUUUAGCUCGUUAUCAAAAUGUCCCAAUAGAUGUCAUUAUGUGAAGUAUAAUAUUUUUGUAGUGUUGUAUCCUUGUACAUGGUUGCCUUUUUAAAAUUAUGUAAAUGCUCUGGAUGGUAUUUUCACAUCUAAUAAAUGUUAUGUAUUCAA